GCUGAGAAUAGCCGUUGGCAUUUAUAAAACACUUAUUUUUUAAUAACAAAUGAUCUAAUUCUACAAAUAAAUAACCAGACUUGUUCUGGUGGUUCAAAAAGAGUAGCCUAACAAAUUGUUGUCAUAUUAUAAACAAAAAUGUAAGCUACAAAAAUGUUUCCUCGAUCUAAUUUAUAUUCUAAGUUAAAAUUUGUUGCCAUCGUGCUACUUAUCAUCUUUUUCAUCGAUUACUUUGGCAUCCUGACUCACAUGUUUGAAUUGGAUUAUUAUCGCCUGUUUAAUUAUCCACUUCAAGGAGAUAUAUUGCAAUACUCACAUCGCGUUAGAUUCCACCAGGAGGUCGAUGUAAAGCCAAUAAAUCUUUACAACUACACAUUCCUCGAGAAGUGUCAUCAGAAAUGCGUCGAGGAUGGGGGAUCACCAAUAUCGCCAAAAAUCACACUUAUAGUUAAAUCAGCGAUGGCAAAUUUCGAACGUCGGCACGCGAUACGUCAAUCAUGGGGCUACGAACAACGCUUUUCCGAUGUCAUAAUCAGGACCGUUUUUAUGUUGGGUAUUUCCAACAAUCAGGAGCUUCAGAAACAUAUCAAAAUCGAAUCGAGGCAAUACAAUGAUAUAGUACAAUCAAACUUUGAGGAUACCUACUUUAAUAAUACAAUAAAGACUAUGAUGGGUUUUAGGUGGGCAGUUGAAGUUUGUCCCACCAGCAAAUUCUAUAUGUUCGUAGACGACGACUAUUAUGUCUCUCCUAAGAAUGCUCUUCGAUUCAUAGAAAACCCAGAAAGUUACCCGAGAAAUUUAGACGAAGCCGAUGAAACUCUGCGAAAGCUGGGUGGACGGUUUAAAAAUAGACUUUAUUUUAAUAAAUUCCCCGAAGCAUUGGCUCAACUUGAUGCUGCAGAUCGGAGAAUACUUUCACAAGGUCAUAGCAAUUUCUAUGAAGACUCUGAGAUUCCUGCAGCAGCAAAUAUCAUCCCUGAGGAUGAUUAUAAAAAGCAAAGUCCUUUGCUCGUAGAUAGUUAUAAUGAUAAACUUUUCGCUGGAUUUGUCUUCCAUUCGUCGCCUCAUAGACACAAACCAAGCAAGUGGUAUGUGAGUUUAGCCGAAUAUCCAUUCCAUAUGUGGCCACCGUAUGUUACGGCUGGAGCUUUUAUACUUUCAAGGGAGGCACUCUUUGAAAUGUAUUUCGCAAGUAUGUAUGUGAAGCAUUUUCGAUUCGACGAUGUCUAUUUGGGUUUGGUUGCUUUGAAGGCAAAAAUCGAAUUGCAUCAUUGUGAGGAGUUCUAUUUCCAUAGGCCAACUUAUUCCGGUCCCUACAGCUAUCGGUAUGUUGUAGCAUCACAUGGAUUUGAAGAUCCAAAAGAACUGAUAAAAACGUGGAAUGAAUGUCGAUCGGCUGGUCAUGCUUGAAGCGUCUCUGAUAAAUUAUUAUUUAUUAUUAGAAAAUAUACCAAAUUUUAUUUAUAACGCAGGUAAACCAAAUUGUUAAUAAAACGUCCUUUUAAGAAUGAAA